AUGGGCUGGCUGCUUGUUUUCGUGGUUUUAUCCUGUCUUUUUUUCAUCGGGUGCUCCUUAAAGACUUUAUUGAUUUAUAUUCUCCUGGUUGGCGUAAGUUAUGGCUUCACGUACCUUUUCAUCAUCAAUAAAUGGGGCCUUGAUGGAUUAUUCGAGGAGUUUUUCAAAGCCGUCGAGUUAUUUGGGUUUGGAGCUCCUCAUCGGCUGGAAAACCGCAUCGGGUACUCGUCGUUCUACUCAAAUGGCUCCUUUAACAGCCUCGACGAGGUUCCAAAAGCUGUGGAAGAGGGAUUUAAAAAGUUAAUAGACAACAUCAUCCGCGAUUUUAUUCGUACAUGGUACGAAAAUGUCGGGGAAGGAGAACUGUUCAUUUCUGAAACGCGGGAUGCACUGGAGAUGUUAUGUUUGGAAGGCUACAAGCGCGGAUUGCAAAUAGACUCACAUUAUUUAAUCGAGCAGGUUAUAGUGGUCUUUCACGGACACUUGGAGAGAUUUAACAAAGCGAUGGCCAUCGUGAAAGCAAAGGAUCCAAAACUCCGACUCAGCAUUAGCUCAUCACAGCUGUUAUGUCAAACGUAUGAAUCACAGCUGUGUUCCAAGCCACCUUCUUUGUCAAGUUCAGCUGCCGAACUCAGUUAUUUAAGAAAUGUGGUCGAUUCGCUUCUAGCGGCAAUGAUCCCAAAGGACACGUUUAGUUGUGAUACUGGAAGAUUUAUUUUGCGGGAGAUUUUGACUGUGCAAGUUGUGGAACCCCUUGUACAACUCUUAACAGACCCUGAUUGGAUUUGCCAAGCUGUAAUUGAAAUCCUAAGAAAGCAAAAUGAAGGUGAUAGAAAAAUCAUGUCCACAGUCAAAGAAGAACAUGAUUCUCUUGCAACAGACGAUCACUGCAAUAGUUUAAGUUGCACAAAUGAACCACAUGCACCUGGCAAGGUCAAUCUGCCCUUGUUAAGUGAGAAAACAACAGCUGCUGUAGAUAUGCAGAGAACAGCUAUUGAACGAAUUAUUAGUAGGAAAGAAAGUGAAGAGUCUGUGGAAGAUAUCGGAGAAAGAAUUGAAAUUACUGCACCUGGGUCUUGUGUGGAAAGUCCUGAUUUCCGCUGGUCUGUAAGUACAGAGAGACAGCCUCCUGUUGGAGAAAGUCAGCAUGACAGUGGAGACUCAUUUUUAGUUAUUUCUGUGGAUGAAAGCAGAGAAAAUGGCACCGAAGACCUCAAUCAAGGAAGGAGUAACUGGUCAACAGAGGUAGUUCCACCAUCAUCAGUCGAGGAUAGCAAAGAGAACACUUCAUCAGACCAAAGUAACAGCGACAAUAACUGGUCAAUGGAGGCUGUCGCUCCACACUCAACAGAGAGCAUGACAUCAAGCAGUUUGUCAUCCUCGUGGAUGGUUUGCCCUUCAUCAGAGGAUGAGUCAUUCAGAAGAAAGAGUUUUGAAGAAAUGAAAGAGCAUCUCUCAGAAAGUAAUGGAGCUCUUCACAGUUGGAAAGAGAUGACUAUGUCUUGUUGCCAUAAAUUUGAGGCGAGUGGAGACAGUUACCGUCCUCUCUCAUUGGUUGCACAAAAGGGGAGUAGUGACGAAGAAUCUGAUGAAACAGGUGAUACGCCAUGUCUUAGACUUACGACAAGAAGAUUUUCUCUUCCAGAAUCUGAAAACAAGACUGAAGCUCAUAGAAAUCUUCCAAGAUCUGGCAGUGUGCCGUGUAAUCUUUCGUUAGCACAUUAUGACAACCUAGACAUGGAGGAGUUUUAUACACCUAAGAGCCCAAGAAAAAUUUAUAGCCCUCACAUUUAUAGCGGGAGCUUCUGCAGCAGUUCUGACAGUUUUAAGUCCAUUUCCAGUGAAGAGGAUAUUUUAGAUUCAUACAUUGAGUGUGGGGAAGAAGCAUUGGAAGAAUCUGAUGACUUUCACUCAAGCAUUAAUGGAGGUCACAGUCUUGGGGUAGUUACUAAGAAAUCAACCAAGAGCAGAAUUACCAAACAAGUCUCAUUUGAGGAAUGUCAGGGAAAACACUUGUCCUCAGCAGUAGCAAAAGAGUUAGCUACUUCUGAAUGUGCUUUCCCCUCCUCCAGCCAAGAAAUUUCCAGUCCUAAGAAGGCUAUAUUGAGAAACAAGAAUGGCUCCUCAGAGCUUGAUAGCAUCAAGGAGUCUUCAUGGGAGGCAACAGAUAGGGACAAUGUUGUAGAUGACCCUUCUACAGGAUGGAAACGUUUACGUCUGGGGUUUGGAGGUCAAAGUUCAGACUCAUCCAUAAGUGACGCAUUUAUUACAGCCAGUAAGAAACUUGUUUCAAAUUUCAAGCCACCCUUUAAAUUUGAUAGUUUCAGUAGUAACAGCACAAAAUCUUCAGAGGCAAGCGUUUCAUCAGGGGGGGAAUCUUUGGACCAUUCUUCUGCAAAUCAGGGGGAGAUAUCACCUCAAAAGGCAAGCUUAGCUGUUGCAAGAGGCAGAGCUGCAACAUACACUUCAUGCGGCAUAAGACGACUGUCCAGGAGUGAUGCCGUGAUAGAAGAGUCAAUGGACAGUAGUGAUACAGACACCUGCUACGGGACACCCAGAGAUGACUGGACACAAGAGGCUUUAGGUGUCAACGACAAAGGCAAGGAUGGAGUGGACAGUUCCAUAAUGCGAGUUAAAAGAAUGCACCCCAGUGAACUGAUUUCUAUCCCCAUCACGUUUGUUGCUUUGGAGACCACUUGGGAACCAGGCAGAAAUAAAUACACACUCUACAAAAUAGAGGUCAGUUAGCAGUUCUGUAACAUUUUUGCUAAAUGUAGUAUUUAUAUACAUGUACUCAUAGUUCAAUCCCCAAUUUGAUUUACAAGUGGAACUGUCCGAUAAGAGACUAGCAAAGAACUUUGACUAUGACAACUUGCUCUUGUGCUGCUAAAUGCAGUAUUUGUAUACAUGUACUCUUAGUUCAAUCCUCUUUUUGAUUUACAAACAGUACUGUCCGAUAAGAGACUAGCACAAAGCACUUUGACUAUAAUAAUUAGAGCCCUCAUUGCUCUUGUGCUUAGCUUCCAGCCAUUUGUUGUCCACUGUGCUUUCUUCCACUCAAUGCACAGUGUAGAUGAUGAAAAGGCAAGCUUAACCUUUCCCUGUUUUCAGAGCAUGUAAUAUGCCAACUUUAAAGUGCUUUCAAAACUUGGGAAACAGUGGGGCUAUAAAUUCUUUGCUGUUAUUCAUCAUGUAUUGAAACAAUUAUGGAAAUAUGAAAAUGACAUGCAGUCAUAUUAAUAAUGUAGAGGAGACAAAAAACCUUUUUGGUAAAAAUAACUUGAGGAGGGAUUUUUCAAUACAGUUAUGUACCUAGUAAAGCUAAAUGUAGGCCAGCGAUUGGUGUGAGCUUAAUGUCAUUAUCACCUCUCUUGACAGUACGACAUAAGGAUUUGGCAUGAGGUCUAUACUGCGGCAGUAAAACAGGCAAAGCGUGAAGCUAAGAAAGAGCAGAUGAAGAGAAGAUUGUAUGCAGAUGAAAAAGACAGCAAAGAGGAUGAUGAAGAAAUUUCUUUGGAUAGAAUAAAGCAGAAUGUUCCUCUAAGGCGAGUGAUUAAUAGACGGUACAGGGAAUUUAUGGAGCUUCACAAUAGACUGAUGAGUGGAGAGCUUGCUGUUCACAUGAAAGGUAUACAUUUUGUAGUAAAUUAGUAGAUAUAAAUAUGACAAGGUUGGUCAUGGACCCUUAAGUAGUGAUGGAGGCUGCUGCAUGUGCUGGUUUUCUCUGCCAAGGUUACUCUCAUCCCUUGUGUAAUGCCAUCUCAAUUGAAUCUUGGAUUCCAAUUGACCAGACUGGCUGGGUUGUCAUGGUGGAGGCCGCUUGCCGGAUUGCCACAGAUGCCUUCUUCCUCAUGCUAGAUCAUUGCCUGGCUCCUUCAACCUUUUAGGCACCAGCACACAAUCUCAUCUCCUGGUGAUGAGUUUAAUCCUUGUAUGACACAGGAAAAAAAAUUGAGAUUUCUAUUAACCCAUUAAGUCCCAAUAGUGACCAACAUUAAUUUUCUCCUAACAAUAUCCACACAUUGUCAAGAGAUUAGGUUAUGAGAAUUAAUAAAAUGAUCACCUAAGAGAAAAUGCUUUGAUCUUUUAUCAAAAUAAUUCUCUCAACUUAUUCUUUAAGGAAAUAUAUAGAGAUCAGUUUGGAGAAUUUGUAUGUGGAUAUAGGGGUUUAAAGGGUUAAUAAUGGAUAACUGCCCACCUACCCCUCCCCUAAGUCACAAUUUUGCCCUUAGUGAGAAGUAAGUGUUAAUGUUGACCUAGGGGAGGGGUAAGUGGUCAGUUACCCAGAAACCUCGAUUGAUCCGAUCCAAAAAUCUUUAAAAGGGCUUCUCUUUAGAGGAGUUGAAGCCAUGGCUUUCUGGUCCCAGUUGGUCAAAUUUCAAAAGCUGGAUAGCCCUAUCCACCAGAUAAAUCAAUAUCCGGUGGAUAAGUGUCAGGGAAACCAAUAUUAUUGAACAUUCUAUCCAGUGGAUAGCAAAUUAUCUUGUUGACAGCAUUAUCCAUCACUAAUUCUUUUGAACCACUGACACCAGGUUACUAUUCCAGAUACUUUACCUCUAAAUUAGCCUGUUCCAGGCUCCGAGAUGGUGGUGGAAAGUCGUUCAGUAAUAAGAAAUGCGAAAAACGCACGGGGGCUGGAGAGAGACAGGGUGGCGGACAGGCCGCCACCGCCCCCUUUCCCAAGUUGUGCGCGUCUUAUUUUCGCUUUGCUCAUUUUCAUACGUUACCACUAUACUAUCUGAGAGCCUGGCACAGGCUACCUCUAAAUUACAGGGGGAUUGUGAGAGCCAAUACCAAUGAGGUUCAAGAGACAAUCAUUCUGUAUACUGCUAGGAUUGAAGUGUUGAUAGGUGGCAUAGUUGCAAAAGUGAUGGUGGUACACUCGGUUUGCAAAGCACAUAAGCUUAUUUCAGUAGGCAAUAGUUGUAAAAAUUUUCAUCUGUAUAUACUCCCGUUUUAAUCAAUUUCCUCUGACUUUAACAGAUAUUCUGAAGCCCAACAGAAGAUACAAUUUGCCAUUUGGAAGACUAGAUCCCGAUGUUGUAGAGGGAAGAAGGGAUCUGCUGCAGAAUUAUUUAAGGGUGAGAUCUAGCAAAAUAUACAUUUAUGCUUCAAUUUCCCCAGUAGAAUUGCAAAGAUUCAAAAUUAGCCAAAAUGAAAUAUGUGCUGAGCUCUGUUCCUAAAGGCAAUAAGACACAUGAUGGAGUAAAAUGGCUAUGUGAACAUUUAACACAUAGCCGGUUUAUUAAACUCAGAACAUCAGAUUAAAAGGUAACUACAAACUCUUACCAAACAUACUUUGCGAAGGUGAGGGCAAUCAAACUGUAACAACACUAACAUCACCAUGGAACAAGAAAAAAGGCAGGAGCUGGGGAGGAGGCGGGCUGAUGGAAAAAGUUUGUGUCUCAACAAAGUCAAAACCAAGACAUCAAUUAUAUGAAGAUUAAUGACUGCAACGUUGUCUACAACAUUAUUUUGUGUACUUCAUGGUGGAUUCAAAAUUCAAAACUUUAUCCUAGGUACCAAGCUCCCAAUCUCUCCUCACGCAUUGGCAAAUCAUUAAUUAAAUUCAUGGUUCAGUUGUUGCAUAAAAUUGUAUUUACGAUCAAAUAAUGUAUUAAUUUAUGCAGAAACUGCUUCUAGCAACUUUCUCUAAAACGAUUGCCUUUGACACUAGCACUACAUCGACAGUGGAACCCCGCCUUACGUCCACCUUGGUAAUAUGGUCACCUUGUUGUUACGGCCACUUUUUUCCAGCUGGGCAAAACGGCCACACAUUUUGUUAUAAAAAAAACCCUGUUAAUGCAGUCAUCCAUUAAUACGGCCAGCAGCCACAUUUUAAAUUCUAUCACAGUAGGGGCUGGUUGGCCACAGUGGAGACCCCUGAAUACCCCAGGGAACCCACCUUUCAUUUAGGGAGGCAGCCUGUUAACCUUUUUGCAAGUCAUCCAAAGGUGUCUGUCUUAAAGAGGUGUUUUGUAAGAGAGAGUUUAAAAGAUUGCUCUUAUUGAUUUGAAGAAAGUAAUAUUUAAAAGUCCCAUAAUAUUCUGUAUAGACAGAUUGCUCCACUUAGUGUUUAAUAUGCAGUGGGCAAAGAAACUCGUGUCCAAUAGCCCAGGACUAGUGGAUUUUGUGAUUGGGCUAGUGAAUUUUACUCUUUUAAAUUUGCCUGACAAGCUUUUUUGGGGAUUUCAACUUACAGAUUGCAAAGUACUUGAAACAAUUUGUUUAAAUUCCUAAGAAACAUGUGUCCAGUUGAAAGCUGUUUUUCAAGCUGAUCCGACAAAGUGAAAUUAUCACAAUAAUUAUUACAAUGAAUUAAUAAAGUUGUUGCAAUUAAUUACUAAAUAAUGAUAAAUUAAUUAUUUAUUGUGUUUGUCCAUUUUUUGGAGGGUGAGGCUAGUGAAAACGACUCUUGCACUGGUACAUGCUAGCUGUUUGGGCAAGCUGUAAAACUGACUUUCUUUGCACCCUGAUAUAUAUACAUGUAGUUACAUAAGAAGUCAUAUUAAUAGUGAAUAAUUUAUAAUGAUUUUAGAGCCUGAUAUCCAAGCCACCUUUGCGGAACAGUGAAGACCUUCAACAGUUCCUUGGUGUGACAGAAGGAGAGCAGAUAUCAUUUAUUAAACCAAGCGUCGCUCAAAUGAUGAGCCAGUCAGUCCAUGUACCAAGGGUAGAUAAGGUAAUUAAUUUUUCAAAAACAACAUAGAUAACUGGAUUUAAUCUAUUCUAAAGAGUAUGCAAAAAAAUAAAGAAACGACCACUGAAGGAAGAAAUGAUCACUGAAGUUAUCUGGAAAAUUUAGAAUGCAACGUGUGGCAGUGAAAUUGUGGUAAACUUUGGUUGGCAGAAGCAGUCUCAAGUGUAUUGAAGUGAAGUGUUGAUUAAAAUGAUUAUGAAGGAAAAUGAGGAAAAAAGGAUGUUCGAUGAGAUGACGACCAUGUAAUGUUCUUGUUUGGCUCUUUAUUACAUAAACACCAAUGAAAUACCAAACCAUUUUAACUUAAAUAGUUUUUGGUCUGAAAGGUGUGGUUUAUUCGAAAACCAUAGCAAUAGAUAAAGUUUUCACAUGUGAAGAUAAAACGUUAAACAUUUUCACAUGUGAAGAUAUCAAGGUAGUCUUACGUUUUCUUGAAAGCCCAAUGUGGUAUUUCAUUGGUGUUUAUAUAAAGAACUGGAUUUAAUCUAUUCUAACGACCGAACAGAUCAAAUGUUUUUUAUCGAUACGAAUUAUUUAUUUAUAUUGCACUCUAGGAAGCUUAAAGAGGCAUUUCAGAUUAUUUCCCAGAAAACUAUCGUUGGGUGCCCCUGAGUAAUUUCUUGGCUUCCAUACUGUACAACAAGUAAAGGCCCACACGAGCCAAAGGCCCAAACGGCCGGAGCUUAUCUCGGUUUCUUUAGCAUGAAGCAUGCCUUGGAGUAUUGCUACUCCCCACUGGACGGGAUGCUAGUCCAUCGCUGGGUUCCCCCCAGCAGUAUGACGCCGGUACCUAUUUAUACACCUUCGUGAAGAGGGACAAAGUGGAGUAACGUUCCUUGCCUACUGAAGAAAACGCGACAAGCGAGGCUUGAACCCUAGACCUCCAGAUCUGGAGUUCGAGGUGUUAACCGCUCGGCGACACUCGCCUCCACUCCGUAGCGCAUAAAGACGCAUAAUUGGCAAUAUUAACUGAAUGAACUUGAUAGUCGUGAUACAGCCCCUUUAAAAUCGCUCAGACUCUGUAUCCAUUUUUCACAGGCAUCCCUUUCUGUAAUCUCACCACCAACAUUUGACUCUGAAUUUUAUCAGUCACAGGCUUCCACCAAUCAGUUCAGUCACCAUGAACCUGUCGUAUUCCCUGUGUUGAAAACACUUCAUUGUCACAACUCGCCAAGUGAUGAUUUUUCACAUCAUGAUUUCUCCAGUGGCUGUAAACCCUCAAAUCAAGUUGUUGUUAGUAUCAGUGGUGUUAUUUAAUAAUUAUUGAAAAUGAAUAAAUGAUCGUCGCAGUGAACGCAAUUUAUGCAAUUGCGUAAAGAAGCCUGACAAAAAAAAAUUUAGGACUUUAACGGGGUUUGAACCCGUGAGCUCGCGAUUACCGGUGGGAUGCUCUAUCAACUGAGCUAUGAAGCCACUGACGUUGGGAGCAGGUCAAUUGUGGGUUGGAUUGUUGAAUGAGACUGAGUAUCAUCUGAAGAAUUAUGCACGGAGAUCGACGAGGGUGUUGAGGCCAAGGCGGAUAACACCCUCCUCGAUCUCCAUAAUUCAUCAGAUGAUACGAAAGCCGAAUUCAAUAAUUGGUUUAUUAUUCAUUCAAAAUAAUUCUUAGUUUAUUUAAACAAGCGAAAACAUGAUUACCUCCGUCGAUGUUAUUAAGUUCAUCUUGAUAGUGCAUAUUUAUCGGCAAGUUUAGGAGAUAAAGGUUUGUUCCUACGAAGCCUAUGUGCUCAGUUAAAACGGGGCAGAGAAGUAAAACAAGUUUACAGGAUGAUUGCAUCGCUUUGUGCUGCUCACUAGUGUUCAUUUUCUACAAUUUUUUUUUAAAGAAAAUUAGUUGUAGUUCAGAUUUUCUUUUGGUUGGUUUAUACCUGUUUUCCUUUCCUACCAGAUGUUAAGCAGACAAAUGACCAAAGUGAUUGACAGCAUCAAGACAGCUUUGGAUUCAGGUGCAUAAACAUAAACGUAAACAUAAACAUGUGAAGGGUUCAAUAGGCCAGUUUCAGUUUUUUUACGUACGAGCGAGCGAGGAAGAGCCGAAAAGAGAACGAUUUAGAGCAAUCUCUUUUGUCCCCGAGGCAUUCAAAUUCUCUGUAGCCCCCUCCCUCCCUCUCUUUUUGUCAUUUUUUCCUCGCGCGUUCAUCUCAUUAGGCUGAUUUAGCAACAGAACGGGAACGUCAUUUGACGCCGGGAAAUCGCGCGGAAAGGACCAUACACGACUUCCGGUGCCCAAUUUGCCGCUCAGCCAUUGGUCAAGCCAGUUGUUUGACCAGUGUUUGUUUGUUCCCGUUCUGUUGCUAAAUCAGCCUAAUAGGCUGAUUUAGCAACAGGACGGGAACGUCAGUUGACGACGGGAAAGAGCGCGGAAAGGAAUAAACACGACUUCCAGUGCCCAAUUUGCCGCUCUGCCAUUGGUCUGGCAAGUUGUUUGAUUUGCGCGCACCGUUGGCAACUGACGUUCUUGUUCUGUUGCUAAAUCAGCCUAUCUCACCCUCGCUCGUUAUACUAGCUCGCCCGCAAGACAAAAAACUCAACUUUGGCCUUAAAAGCAAACUCCAGGCAUUUAGCCUGGUAGACUAUAGUCCAUUCCCUAUUUUAAUGUCAGACGACAACAGUUACGUUUGAAGUUAUGCUUUAUGCAUAUAGCCCAUGUUAUAUUUUGUUCAGUUAAUGGGACCAGAUUUUACUGGCUCAUUUUUCCACUCCGAUGUAGAUUCCUUAUUUCAUUUAAUUCUUUGUCUUUGUUUUCAUUUUCAGCCGAGGAGGAAGAAAGUACAUCAGAAAAUCAUUCCAAUGUGGAGACCGAAAAAGUGGUUGUGCCCUGGAAAUUAGAAGAUGAAGAUAAUUCAAGCAGAUAUUCAGUGAGUAUAUAACGAUGCUGCGAUAGAGUGAUUUCACUUGACCUGUGAAACAGAUACUAACAACUUGUGCAAAAUAGGAACAGGUAAACAAAAGAAGACAGUGGAGUUAGUAACAAUGAUGCAACGCUGCGUUGCGCUAAAAAUCGUCGUUGCGAAUCGUCUCGUGUAACAUUCUCUUUGAUGUUUGCGCUUUUGAGUAUUUUUAUAGAAAAAGCGCAAUAUAAGUAUUAAAUAUUAUUAUUAUUAUUAUCACUUUUAUGGAGGACGUAAACAAGCGACGACGAAUGUUUCUUUCUCUUCUAAACUGUCUAAACUUGAGUGCGGUCUCCAAGAAAUCAAUUCCAGGGAAAUUAGCCUACACUUGACUUUUUCAGCAAACUGGAGUAAAUUCGAGAAAGUUUGAAAACUAAAUCGUGAAUUCAUUUUAAAAGUGCCGUCGCCGUCGUCGAUGCUAAAGCUCCUUAGGCUGGAGGCGGCGAUAAGAAACAAGAUCAUAAAGAUGUUAGAAAAAUUAGAUAAAAUCCCUGUCUUUUUUUUCAGGAAACUGAUUCCAAUCCAGAGAUCUCUUUCACGCUGCAUUGCUACUCAGCGUUUCUUGAAGAACGGGAUGAAUUCUUGCCUCUAACACCACCCUCUCCUAUGCCUUCCUCCUCUGAAGGAUUUGAUGAGCCGGAUGCAGGGCUAAGAAGGCGAACCAACCGAGUCUCGCCUUACCCGGAAGAGGAGCCCUUCGCUUGGGAUACCUGUUACAGCACAGACCGCCUAUUAGGUCCAAGGACCGCUGGAGAUGGUAGCGAUAAUCCUGAUGAGUUAUCUUCAACGCCAUCUUCCAAGAAUUUUCAUUCCACACAUGUUACUACAAAUACACCAGUUAUGCAGUCAGGUAUAAUGAUAUUAAUGAUUGGUAAAACUUUGCGUAAAAACGUGUAAGAUUACAUUGAAAACAGCGAGAAGUCAAAACUAUGAUUUUUUUUUUAAUAUUCAGUAGUAAUCACAAGGAGCCCAACAGCCAAAAUUCAAAAUUUUUGUUAUACUAUAACAAACACAGGAAACCCAUGUAAAAUAAGUUUCUAUAAACUUAUGUCUAUGGCUCGUACAAUCUUUAAAAGGUCUUGAAUUUGAGCAGUCAUCUUGAUAAGUCCUUGAAUUCGGUUCAAGUCCUUGAAAAGUACUUGAUUUCUUUAUUAGGUCUUGAAAAGUCCUUGAAACUCACUGCCUUGUCUACGCCCGACAUAGCUUUUUGUGCCGCGGAAAAGCUGGCUCUUCCUAGGUGUAAGAACUUGUAAAACUCACGGGUAACGUAAAAACAUUUUUGUGCAUGAGCGAUAUUUUAUUUCUUCUUCUUUAUUUCGAAUGCUAUUUCUCUACCUCAGAUGCCAUUGCAACUCAUUUUGCAAAGUGUUGUUGCGGAAAGUAUAAAAUAACGCGAUCACCCAUGGCUGAAGAAGUUAAAGACGGGGUUAAAGAAUGCCGAUUUAUUCAAUAAAUCUUAGUCUCUGAAAACUCUAAUGAAUCCUUGAAAAGGCCUUGAAAUCUGUUUGUCUGAAGUUUUACGAACUAUGUGUUUAGUACCCUAAUAGAAAAAUAUUAUAUUUUGAAGGUGUCGUUCAAAGGGAGAGAUCGGGGGCGAUCUUCAAACCGUUCCUUGAUGCACAGUCUGCUACUUCAAAAACGCGCAAGCCCCUUAGACAAUCACUUAGUCUUCCCAUGAGCAGGAGCAAGUCUAUGGAAGGAAUAUCGAGUUUAGCUCCAACCACUAAGUUUACUCUCAGGCCACAGAUGAUUUUGGACGCCGCCAAAAGAAUUGGUCAAGGAAGUAAAGAGAGCUCUGGAAAACUGGACCUGCCACCAACCGAAAAGGAAAAAAACCAAGACCUCUGA